AUCCAGCGACCGGCCAGUGCGUGUCGACGCUCGAGGGCCAUAGCGGCCCGGUCUACUCUGUAGCCUGGUCGCCCGAUGCGAGCCGGCUGGCGUCGGCGUCCGGCGACAACACCGUCAAGAUCUGGGAUCCAGCGACCGGCCAGUGCGUGGUGACGCUCGAGGGCCAUAGCGGCCCGGUCACCUCUGUGGCCUGGUCGCCCGAUGUGAGCCGGCUGGCAUCGGCGUCCGGCGACGAGACCGUCAAGAUCUGGGAUCCAGCGACCGGCCAGUGCGUGUCGACGCUCGAGGGCCAUAGCGGCCAGGUCGACAGUCUCCAGUUUCAUGAAUAUAACCCCGACCUUGUACAUACCGAACUUGGCAUAUUCGACUUGAAAACCGUCGGAAUCUGUACGGCCUUUGACCCUACCUCUACUGAUCGUUCAUCACCAGUCGCUAUUGGAUACGGCUUGAGCAGCAACGGUACCUGGAUUACGUAUAAAGGAGAAAACCUGCUAUGGCUGCCGCCUGAGUAUCGGCCAUCAUCUUCUGCUAUAUCUGGAACGGCUGUGUCAAUCGGCUGUUCUUUAGGCCGUAUCUUGUUCUUCAUCUUCACAGACAGCAAUCUGAUUCAGUAGUGGUGCUCUUUACUUUUGACGUUCUGGCUCCUUGCACUUUCUCUAUUUUUCUUUUCACAGCGUGCCACAGGAAGGGUGUGGGAGAACCGGUUAAUUUGUAGCUUCCUAUGCUAAUUUCUGGCACUUUCGAGAAGUUUCCUCAAAGCUAGAAGUCAAUUCGGCACCGUAACGGUCAGGGGGUAUGGACCCUUUAUAUAUUGCUAAUAAAGGUCUUAUUUUAAAUGGGCAAAGAGGCGGCCGCGGAUUAUACUAUACCAGUUGAACUCGGCCCAGAUACUGGAGUUGGAGCCCCGGGUGCUCAUCACAUUUCAUUAGCUUGGCUGCAGGACACUCAGACGACAUCAUCACCAUUUGCUGUUACCCUCAAUUGAUUGCUAAUUAGCUGCCUGUGCGCAGCGACCCUCUGUUCACCUACUCCGUGCCACACUGCAACGAUGCGACUUGCGGAUGUUGACUUUGCACACCUGCGAGUAGGUCCUCGGUCGAGG